AUGUUGGAGAAGAAGGUCAGAAAGCUCCUGUUUUCGCUGCGACCGCCAAGAGUCCCAAUUGAGUCGCUCGCAAAUAUGUACAUCGAGAGGUAUGGAAAGCCUCUGCGGAUUGAGGGGUCCGGCGCGGAGGGCCAGCAGCAUGGCAGGGCUGGUUACAACCUCACGGAUCUGCUCAUGCGGCUUAACACCACCAGAGUGAUAAAGAGACAGGGACAGCAUUAUAUUAUCCCGGUGGAAGAUGCUCCUAAGUUAUUGGCUGAUGAUUUCGAAUUGGUGACGCCUCUUGCAAGCAAUGGUUCUAACAAGAUUUAUCUUAAUUUCGAGCCUAAAAGCGCAUUCACUAAACAAGAUGCUUGGGACUACUUCAGCCGGUACGGUCCUGUCCAUGAUGUGCGAAUUCCACUUCGGCAGAAACGCAUGUUCGGUUAUGUGAGCUUUCUGUACCCCGAGACACGAGCCUGCGCGCGCGGCGUACGGCCUUGGUGUUCCCGCCCCUAUAAAGCUCCCUCGCGCCGCUCUGGUUCUCCCUCUCCUCAGUCCUCCCCUUCGUUGCCUGGCGUCGCAUGGUGCUGUGCUUCCCGGAGGAAGACGAGACAUAGACAGCAUUGGAUAGUUCCGGUUGAAGAUGCUUACAAGUUGGGCGGCUCACGACCAGCUGAUGAUUCCACAUUGGUGCUUGCCUCUGCUAACAGUGGAUCUAAAUUGAUUUUUAUCCACUUCUUUCCUGAAAGCACAUUCACUUUCAUUGAUGCUCAGAACUACUUCAGGACGUACGGGCCUGUCACUUAUGUGCAUAUUCCACGUCCGGCGACAGGGCGAAAGUUUGGUUUUGUGAGCUUCAGGUUCCCCGAGACUGUAGAACUGAUCUUAUCAGAAAGGACUGAACGGACCCCUCACUUCAUCUGUGGACAACCAGUUUUUGUUGAGCCCUACAAGGAAAAACAUGAACGAGAGAAGUUCGCUCAGGAAGAUGCCCAUUCUAACUCUGGUGCACAGAUGGCGUCAGAAGCCGUUGUCAUUCAUGAGCCUCAUAAAGGUGACACUACAGCAGAAUCGUCACAUGCUCCAGAUCGUUUGGAUGAGGCAUCAGAGGCUCAAAAUAGUGAUGACUUCGGGCUUCCAGAUAACCUUGAUAUCGACUACUGAGAGGAAGCAUCGCACCACGAUCAAAUGACCAGCAGAAUGUACAUUGCCAUAGGAUCAGAAGCGCUAAGCGAUCUCAGAUCAGUGGCUUUGAGACUAUACUGUAGAUUAUGUACAUAUUCUUCAGAUGUAGUUCACUGUGCAAUCAACAAAAGGACAGGACAGGAAGCAUUUUCCUUAGUUUGGUCGAGUCAUACAAAAUCAAUUUUGACUUGCUGAUACAUCUUAUAGAAAUGGUAUGCAUCCAGGCAUAGUUGAAGUAGGCUUUAUAGAAAGGUUAUUCUACAAUUCAUCGUAAAGCUCUGCAAUCUAGUCCAAGAUGGGAAUAAUACUUGCAUGUCUCACUCUGAGAAAAGAAUAAUCUAUAAUGCACCUAUUCAUUUGUUUUUGUUGUG